AUGGCGCGAUAUUCCAACGUACCCACAUCGCCGAAAGUGAACAAUAAACAUGCAGAUAAAAACAAAAACAGCAAAAAUAUACAGGCAGCUCGCCUAAUCAAAUAUUCUACAAAUAGUCCUAUCCUGAACUUCACAGAUCCAACUUCACUCCAGGUUGUUAACACGGAGGCCGGUUGGACACAAAAGACAAGUAAAAGAAACCAUUCAGACUCAUCUGAGCCAAAAUCUCCAGAUCCUACUUUAAAUAAUAAAAAGAAUAAUAAUAAAUUAUUUAUAACGGCAAAUCGUUACGAAGUGCUCUAA